AUGCUCUCCCUCAACGUCCUUGCCGUUGCCGUCAUCGCCACGGGCGCCUCUGCGGCCGUCAUCACCCCCCGAUUGGCACACCAGGCCGAUUUCCGCGUGUUCGGGGCCACCGGCUGCAAGGAGAAGAAUCUCGGCAUCUGGACCGUCAUCGAGGGCGACGUCAAGCCCGGCGAGUGCAAGGGCCUGAACGGCGAUGAUGUACACUCCAUCACCAACGUCGACAUCCUCAAGGGCUGCUCCUUGUUUGCAUUCACCGACGACAAGUGCACAACUGAAAAGCACCCGCUCGAGGUGGGCAAGUGCACCAACUCCGAUUCCGGUUUCAAGGCAUGGACCAUCUCGUGCGAAUAA